UAUCUGUCCGAAAGGAUAUCACAUCCUGACUCUAAUUGAACUGCGCGCGCAAAACGCAGAUAGCGGGCAACAAGUAUGUUCUAUCACAGACUAGAUUUGAAGUGCUCCAAGUGAAAACACUUUAAUAUUACUCUGAUGAUCGUCUCCGGCAGUAUCGCAUGUACGAGAACGUAGUGCUGACCAUGGCGAGUCACAUGUGUUGUCUGCAAAUGCUUACUAUUCGUCACUGUUCGCAAACGGGCCUUGUUGACACGGAAUGUUUCUUUUGUUUGUUGUUAAGAUGUUUCUCAAAUUGACAAUAGAAAUCGUUUAAGGUAAAGCAAAAAAAAAAAGACAACAGAUGAUGCAAGGUGCGCUUCCCGUAUUUAGCCAUCAUAUACGAUCCACUAUUGGAGUGUCUAACGACGAUAGUGAUUGAUAGGAUUCCAGCAGUUGGAUUGAAGUAACAAUGAAACCUUUAAGGAGGGUUUUAUUUCGCGGAUGUUACUCGAAGUGAAUUUGAGUUAAUGUUCAAUUGCUGUUUUUACAUACUGGGAUGUUACUUUGUGAUAUUGUGUCAGUCUGUUUGUCUGGAUACAUAUUCUUUUUUCGGAUAUAAUUGGAAAAUGAGCUUUGUCGGACCCUGCUAGUGCCAGUUGAGCUCGCAUUCAAAUAUCAACAUUAUGAUAUAAAAUGUGUUUGUAGACGGUAUGGCAUCUGUCCUAUUAAUGCGUAGUAUUAGGUGAAAUUGUGUGUAAGGACGACGAACGCGGAACACUUUGGGUGAUGCUAAAACAGGAGUAAACGGGUGAGCAGGAAAUCCGAAUAAGGAGGACGGAGUGCAAGACCGAUCUAUGUCGAGCAACCGUCAUGGCUCCUCAAUGCCUAUUAUUAGUUCUUGGAGUUUGGACGUUGUUGGAGACGACUGUUAAGGGAAUCCGGGUAGAAAGGGUGCAUAUCAAGCUACUACGAGGUACAUCGGGUACCGUUGACGCCUUCAAGGGCUGUACCAAUGUGACCCUGCUCAAUCAAAAUCUGCUGAGCAGUAGAAUCAUUGAGCUAAGCUUUCAGCCAGACUGUGAAGGACAGGUAUAUUACAGCCACUAUGGCAGUCUUGAGCCGAAGGAAUUUGUCACCGAAUUCCUGGCGCAGACUAAUCAGUUAGCACAUAUAAUAACUAUCCAUUUUGUGGUCGAAGAAAAUCGUGACAUGAAGCGUAUUUUCCGAGCAUCCGGUAGGGUCCUCAUUCUCAGGCCCAAUCAGUCCCUUUCGACCAUCCUAAAUCUACACAAUUGCUACGCGAGACUUCUUCGACCACCUCGAUAUCGCAAGCUCAUUGGCAGCUGUGGCGGAAGUUUGUACGAGUGGCAGAAUUGUGAGAACCUUCAGGAUGUCCAAUAUGCCGAGCAAACAGAUCUCGACGACUUUGUGUUGGCGAUUCGCCAAGACAAGGAAGUUAACGUUCUGAUCUACCUCGUCGAAAAGCUUCAACCGCCCGAGCCGUCGUUUGCCUCGUCACUCCGAGUGGAAAUGGCCCCCGGCAUCCUGAGCGCUGUUCGACACAACGUGCUCUCGACAGACGACAUGGCCGCGUAUUUCAGGGUGCGCCGCAGUCCAUCCGAGUGCAGUUUUUGCCGAGCCAACUCUCGCACAAAGAUAAAGCAGUUUUCGCAGCGGGACAUUGACAAUUUAGAGGUUGCUCUCUUGUGUGACAAAUUGGACGAGUCGUCUGCGGAGCUGCUAGAAAUGGAAAUGGAUCUCGUUAACGUACUCGGUCAUGUGUCGUACGAACGGUUUGUUCUGACAGUGAGUAAAACUAAUUACAAGGCAGACGUUUCAUACGAAGACGUCAUUGUAAACGGAAACUCUUCAGCCCCAUUUCUUGUGCAGGGCGACAAGGAUGAUCGAUUCUGGACUGUUGAUGGACUGAAUCGUGGCAUCCUCUUGCGAGAGGGCGCUUCCGUCGAUCAAUUUGCCGCGAAUCUUGCGCUCGAGUACAGCUCAACCACAAACAUCAUCUCCACGGACAACUUAGUUUUACAGCCUGACCAGCAGACGUUUCAAUUUCUUGUUCCGAUCAUCGUAUUGCCAUCGAAUAUAUACUACUACGUCAAUUUUCAGGAGUUUUCCGUACUUAUAGGCAGAACAACUACAUUGGCUCGAAAUCUAAUCAACCUGCCGGAUCCGGUUUUUCUCGGAGACCUUGUAUUCAUUGUCUCAAAGCCUUUACCAGCCUCGGGUGAAUUUCUCUUAGAGGGUAAAAGAUCAACAAGCUUCAGCCUUCAGGACGUUUUUUCCUUAAAAGUAUCUUACCGGUCAUCACCUGCCGCCAAACCAGGCCAAGAACACAUUCUCCUCGUGUGCAGUAAUUCUGCUUUUGUGACUGAAGUUGUGACGACAGUGCAUUACGAUCACCAUCUAAACGAUAAGAGCAUCCCAAAGAAAGCAAAAGAAAGUGACUUACAAAUGAAGGUCGGUGCCCUUGGAAUGGCUGUUGAACGCGUGCCUUUCGAGCGCAAUCACCUACACUAUGAAGAUUCGGCAGCUGAGGGUGACUCGUGUCCUCAAGACAUCUUUUUCAAGAUCACCUCACAGUUGACCGACUCAGCGAGCUUUUCGGCCCUUAAUAACAAUGGCAAAAUUGCCGACGAAAAUGGCAACGCACUAACCGAAUUUACGCAAAAGGAUAUUAAUCGAGGUCGAGUGUUCUACUAUCCGCCACCCUCUGUCCUCGACCGACUUCAACCACGGAGCCUCAGCUUCGAAUUCUCUGUUGCGGACCGUUCGGGGAACAAGGUAAAUAAUCACAAAUUCUACAUUUACCUGGAUUCGGUGAAAAUCGUCAAAUCGGUUACAAAGAACAUUACCGUUAGUUCGACCCAGUUGCCCCCAGUCAUCCCCCUCGGCAUGGACAUUAUAAGUCCCGCCUACAAUGUGAGCAAGAGUCGAUUCAUCUUAAAGGAUCCACCAAAACAUGGAACUCUACGCGAUCUUGAGAACAACGUUCUUACUGUCGGUGACAUCUUUACUUUUAACGAACUUAUAAAUGGCGUCAUACGGUACGUGGCCAGUAGCAAGACACUUAGCGAAGAUGCCUUCAAGCUAGUUGUAUAUGAUUAUAGUUCAGAUAAUGAUCAAAUUCACCAUAGUAAAUACGUCUCUAUAAACGUGCAGUUGCGCGUCGAUAAUGCCCGGUCGUCCCACAGUGAUGCUGAUCGCCUAGAUACUACGUCCUGGCAACUUAAGGUAAUCGAAGGAGGAAGCAAAAGCAUCGAUAUGCUCGGAUCGAGGCUCGUUAUGGUUGAGUCUCCUAAACAUGGCCGAGUAAUCAUCGGCAACAGUCUGUCUCAGCAGGGCAAAGCUGGAGUCACGAGCGUUACAUAUUUACACUCUGGCGAUGAAGUGGGCCUCUUUGAAGAGAGCGAUUCCUUUACUGUACAGAACGAAGAUGAAACCAAUACGCGUGUUGAGGUUGUAAUAUCGCCUGUCGAUAACAGCCCACCCGUGGUAAUUCUGCCGCUAGAACCCAAAGUUGUAGAAAGUGGAAACGUGUCGCUCGGCAUUGAAGUAGAGGAUAGGGACAGUGAGCACUUCACCUGCGACAUCGACGAGCAACCAAAUUAUGGCUGGGUCACUAGCUCGAAAGGUUUUGUGUUGACCUUCGAUGAGAAACUGAUUGACAGCCUUGUAUACGUGCAAAAUUUGCAUGCCCAAUUAGAACCGCGCAGAGACUCAUUUAGCUUUACCUGUAAGGAUUCAAUGAACACGUCACCCCGUCAUACCCUGACUAUUGAAAUCCUGCCAGCGAAUGAUGAACAGCCGUAUUUAAGCAUCGAUGAUAUCACAGCCCUUGAAGGCAAAAUUGCUCCGGUCAAAAUAAAAGUAACGGAUAGAGACCUUCCGCGGGACCCACUCACGUUCCAACUGACGAAGCCACCUGCUAGUGGUAUUAUUGGGCUUCUAAAAGCUAACGGUGAACUUCAGACUGUCGAGGAAUUCACUGAUGACGACAUCGACCGCGUGGCAUACCAACAGGAUGGCUCUGAGGUCAGCUUUGACUCAUUCGAACUGACCGUAUCGGACGGCAUUUAUAGCGUAGCAUUCACAGCAAGAGUACAUGUACUCGCUGUGGACGAUGAACUGCCUCAUGUUGUGGUGAACCGAGGCCUCGAGUUGGGACCUAAAGAUAUUAAGGAAAUAUCGGAUAAAUUUUUGAUGGCACAAGACAAGGAUAGCCCUGAUGAGCGAAUUCAUUUCGUAAUUACGCGACCGCCACGCCAUGGAAAGGUGGUGAUUGACAGCGAGCAGACCAGCAGGUUUACGCAGGAAGAUAUCAAGGACCGGCGGAUUAAAUAUCGUCAUACGUCACGAUUAUGCUGCUUUAAUGAUUCAUUCGAAUUUAAAGUCACCGAUGGCUACAAUACAGGCCCUGUGCAAAGCUUUUCAAUCGAUGUUUCGGCACCGGAUAUCGAGGAAGAGUCUUUGAAGCCAAAAAGCAUUUCCUUAAGUUCCAUAGCAUUCGGUUUCCGUUCGUCAUCCAAUUACUCCGCUAUUCUUACCGAAAGAGAUUUAAAUGAAAAUGGUGUAGACUGGCUUCGUGUCCUACAGCAACCCACUAAUGGAGAACUACAGUUCCGAGAAGAUGGAGGCGGAACCCUGCUGGAAUAUACGUUACGUCAAGAGGCCGUCGACCAUCUUAGGACGAAGGACUCGUUCCGUGUCCUGCUUAAAAAUGAAGUCGUAAUGGAAAAAGUAUACGUUUCGGCCGAAUGGUGUUGGCUGUUGCUGGAAAUCGAAGACGAAAAUAACUCGUUUUUAGGCGACGGAUUGAACAUUACCCUGCUAAGGAAAGGGGCGGCUUCUUCUGUUGAUACCAUUCUUGUGUUAGGCGCAAGUCGAGUGCCGAUGUCGUUGGAUCGCGGCCGGGCUACAGUCUCUCUUGACGUUGAAAUCCCACCUCCAGCUGGAAAGGACUCCGAAGUAGUAAUACAGCUUUUAGAGACUAGGGGCUGCCUCGCACACCCUUCCACGAAAAGGAUCAUACCAAAGGAGAAACUCAGGAGUGCUCUGGUGUUCGAACACACUCGCUACACCGUUCAGGAGCCAAAAGAUGGCAAGAUGACAGUAUACCUAAAGGUCAGUCGUAACGACCGAUCUUCUGAGCCGUUCAGGUUUACCGCAGUCACUUCUGGCUCUACAGGAUUUCCAGGUUCAGCAUCGUCAGACGCUGAUUUCGAACCACUUAAUCAAGAAUUCGAGCUGGUAGGCAGCUCACGCAGUCUCCUCAUUCCGCUGAAGAUUAUCGGAGACGACGAACAAGAAAAUGAGGAAACUUUCUACGUCCUUCUCAAGGACAGCCAUUCGCGGAAGACUGUGGCAAAGACUUCGGUGACCAUCAUUGAUGGAGAAGUAUCGGCCCAUUCGCCUUAUCUACGAUUCAUCUCUGCCCCAACCAUUAUAUCCCUUCAGAAGGAAGGUCAUCAAAGUGAUACUGUAGCUGGCUAUCAACAGCGCCAUCGGUAUCACAGUCACGCAACAAAGCAUUCGGUGAUUCUCAAUAGAGGAUACCCACUGCAGUGCAUAACGGAAUGCGAUGAACGACACCCUCAUUUCGCGCCUACGUCUUCGCUCUGUGUGGCCCUUCGAACGCAAGAGGAGACCUUGAAGUCCGGUGGAAGCACAGGCCAAACUAGCGAUGGAGCUGGGCCUCUAUUUUUGUUACUGUCAUUUCGCUGGAAGUGGGCCCUUCACCCAUCGGACCCGCUCGAACCGCUCCGCAUGCCCCCAAGAUUUGUUGCGAAUUCUUUGCAGCCUGGUCGACUUGAAAGCUUCCUUUUGGUGCCGGGUUCUCGUUUAUCCUGCUCGGUCCGUCUCCAGUUGGCUCCAAAAGAGGGUUAUUUAGGCAGAAAUCGCGGCGAGGAACGUGAAAGUGCCCUGUACCACAUUAGCGAUAAAGGGGUUUGCCCCUCCCGGGAUACUUCGAAAGAUGGGGAUACUCAUGGAAAUAAGACUAUGUCUGCUAGAGGGACAAUGGAGCCUUAUGUUUCAACACUUAGACUCGUUGAACGAUCAUCUGCGCCUCGUUUCGAGCUUUCGGUUUCAAUUGCACACCAAGAUGGACUUCUGCCGUUGAUCUCUACGUUUCCUAUUCUUAAAGAGGAUUACACGUUUUCGGCACCUCAAAUUGCCACUCUAACACGACAUCCAUGUUCAAAUUUCAUCAAUAUUAGUGCUUUACAUUCUACACUUUCGUUAACGUCGUGUACUUGGCUGUUUCGGCGCGAAUUUUCUUUGGAGGAACUUAACUUGAAAUGCGGUGCUACCGUGGACAUACACUCAGGUGGAGUAGCGGAGCUUACAGCUGCAGAAGCAGACAAUGAUCACGCAAGUUCCCUCAGCAACGAGGAAAUGCAGGCAUUAGAGAGCUCAACUUUUAUGCUAUCCUUACCGCUGCAUGUCGCGUACCUCCAACGUACUCCAUGCCCGUCCAACAUGGCCACAAACAGUCAACUCCGCUGGAAUCAUGUCUCACUUUCGAACGUGCUACAACUCAGUUUUUUGUAUAACAAGCCAACGUUUACAACUAAUGCGGCUGAUCCAAGCCAACUUACCACUAGCGAUCUUCAUGAUGGAGCAAGCGUCGAGGUGGAUGAGGUACGUCUGUCGGCUGACGGAAUCCUUAAAGUUCGAUUCCACUCAAAUCAUUUCCUGCGUACGAGAGGCCGACUUGUUCUGCACAGAAAAAAGGAUCUAUGGAACGCAAGUACUGUGUGGGCAACAUCAGGAUCCGACAAAAUCCUAUUCCGAAUUCAACUGGAGCGUACGCUAUCGGAUAGCAAAAUGGAAUGGAUACUCUAUUCACAACAACCAGUGAUCCGCUUUUCGGGGAAUGUAAGCGUCCUUAUGUAUCCGUGCCUCCUGAGCUCCGACGAUUCGGACGAAACCGCCGAGGAAUGCCAGCUUGCAACUGAGAGUCGAUAUCUGGAAUUUCUGAUUCCGAUUGAGAUUUCAGCUGUUGCUGAGUCGGUGGACCGUUACUCUCUCGUAAGCAUACUAUCUCUUACCAAACACAAAGAUGUUUGGAUACAGCCGUACAACCGAAGUGUUCAAGACAGCAACAAUAAGGCCGGCCAAAAAGAAGCUCAAAACGAAUCGACGGGAAGUGAUGGUGAAACUGAGAUCUUUGCUAAAGGUGAUAUCGUGUAUGGAAAGGUUGGUGUUGUACUUUCGUUAGAUGCCAUGACUCCAAUGUUUCGCGCUAAUAUCGAAAGAUGUUAUCUGUGUUCUUCAAUCGACGAAUCCAUCUCCACUAGGUUACCGCUUACUGGCAAGCCUUGCGCCGACCACUCGAAAAUGAGUUGCAUCUUCAAAAUUCUCGACUCAGCCGACCCAUAUUCGGUGGACAUGUCCCUUGGAGGCACCCAGUUUGGAGCGGUGAUGAUGUCUCAGGAUCCGACAUCAUUCGAUCCGGAGGUCCUUGAUGCAGUUCGGGUCAAACAAAGGGCGGAUGGUUUUGCUUUUCGGGUGGCUCCGCUUUUCGAGCAUACUGCUGCAACCAACUUUCAUAGUCAAAGCGAGCUCGACAAUAGAAUGGAUGGGCGAAACGUGACAAGAACUUACUGGCACGUUCACUGCGUGUUUACUGUAGAUCACGAAAAUGAUAACGGUUACCAACCAAGUGCCGAUAGUACACGCGAUCGUCGAAGCACCACGUUCGGCAUGCGACCCAGAUCAUCGCGCCUUAACCGCCAUAGCUUAUCACCAACGAGGGUCACGAGAGAAUCAUUCCGAGAUAUCCUUAAGGAUCAGAAUGAAGACGACAUCCGAGAGGGUUCGGCCCUACUCCUUCUUGAAUCCUACGACGGCUAUCUGGCGUCGCUUGGAUCGGAAGGGUCCGGUCUAUGGCAUUUGCUAGUGACGUCGCUACAGCAUUCCUCCUCUUCACCUCUACCGCUUUUGUUUUUCCUCUUCGCUGGGUGUAUCCUCUUCCUUAUUAUCCUUUUGCUGCUUCUUAGCGCAGUUCGCUUUGCCAAACGCGCCCCGCGAUACCAGCCCCCGCUAAAGACAGCGGGCACGACCAGCCCAGGCGCACAGAUUAUCAAUGCCAAUAAUAAUCACCAGGUCGUCACAAUGCACGUCUUCGGUCCGUGCGAAGAGCAGUCGAAUGGUAAGCUGAAAAUAUCUUCACCGAAUGGCUCACAGGAGAAAAUUUUGUAUCCGCCGCCAUCGCCGCAAUCCUCGCGUCAUGUCGCACUUGCUGAAUCCGACCCGUCCUAGUCAAGAAGCAACUUAAGGUUUUUAUCCGACUAAGGCCAACGUGCUGCGCUAUUAGAGUCGGAGCUAUCCCACUGCUUAGGCACAGCGCAAACGAACCCCCAGCACUGAAAUCCGUACCUUGUAUAUCUAUCGAUAGUGAGUGAUUAUAAAAUGUGAAAAUAGUAUCUAAGUAUUUGAUCAGAACUUUUAAGUAAGCACGGGCAGUUUCUCUACUAAAUGAUAUCAGUCGCGGCGUUUAUUAACUAUUACCGACGUUUCUCGACCCCUCGUGGCUCUUGGCAUCGUUACAACAAUCAUAUUGCGGGGGCACUGUUCGUCUUAAAUGAAAAUGUGGGGACCGAUGUAGAAGAACAGAUGAGAAUACUAUGAACAUAAGUGGCAGAAAAAUUCCGUGAAUUUACAAAAAAAAAUGCAUUUUUUGCUAUUAUAACAGGCGACGAUUUUUAUUUUAAAUAAACACCUUUUUGUAAAAAAAAAUACUCAGUAAUUUGUGAAAUUCUACCUUUGCUUAACUUAAACUAUCCUAAUAUGUUGUACAUCCGCUGCAUUGUCUAUAUCCACCAUCAUCUAGUGAGAGAAACCGACAAAGAACAACAGGUGGAUAUCUAAGCGUCGCUAGCUGCAUGCGAGGUUUGUUAUAGGGAAAGCCUUUAAUGAACGGCCUUCUAGUGUGAGGCCACUUUUUGCUUAUAAACAGAUGUACGUCUAAAAACUGCAGCAAUGGAGAGUCUAGAGGCCUGGUCAGAUGGACUUUCCACAGGUCGCGAGGAUCAUUGUAUAGCAGAGACAAUGGUCAUGUAAUUAUUACUUCCAUAGUAGAAGAGUAUAGAAAUAAAAUAGCAACUGCGGGUGAAAAGUGCGUAUUGUUAAAUUGUCACGCAGCUUACCCAUUUUGAAUUCUAUCACCUUUAUUAAAUGAUGAUAAAGUGACUAAUUAAGCAGUUAGUGCAAAACAAGCUUUCUAGUAGAUGUGUUAUACAGAAGGAGGACAAAAGUGUACAUUGCUUUGUAUAUUUCACAUGGGACAGGUAUUCGAGAGAACGUGAAAGCACGAGAGAUUUGUAAAUAAACUGA